AUCACACACUACAAACAGUAUCCUCCAAAUGUCAGCAAAAUCUACUCAUACUUUGAAUGCAGGCGCAAAAAAGGUUCACAGUUCAGUGAAGUGGUGUUCUUUGGACUUCAGUAUCUACUGAAAAAGUAUCUCACAGGCCCAGUGAUCACAGAGCAGAAGAUUCAGGAAGCCAAGCUUUUCUACCAGAUGCACUUUAAACAGGCUGUGUUCGAUGAAGAGGGCUGGAGGAAGUUACUCGAGAAACAUGAUGGCCGCCUCCCUAUCCGGAUCAAAGCUGUUCCUGAGGGCAGAAUCAUACCGAGAGGCAAUGUGCUCUUCACUGUGGAAAACACUGAUCCCAACUUCUACUGGCUCACCAACUACGUUGAGACCAUGCUGCUCCAGAUGUGGUAUCCCAUCACAGUAGCCACCAUAUCCAGGGAGUUUAAGAAGAUCCUUGCCAAACACCUUAAGGCUACCUCAGGGAGUCUGGAAGGCCUGGACCUGAAAUUGCAUGACUUUGGAUACAGAGGGGUGUCCUCACAGGAGUCUGCAGCAUUAGGUGGAGCAGCUCAUCUGGUUAAUUUCUGCAGUACAGACACAGUCGCCGGGCUGCUGAUGGCUCAACGAUAUUAUGGCUGUCCAAUGGCUGGCUUCUCCAUUCCAGCAGCUGAGCACAGUACCAUCAUUUCAUGGGGACGGAGCAGGGAGAAGGAGGCUUUUGAGCGAGUCCUAGACCAAUUCUCCUCUGGGCCAGUGUCAGUGGUCAGUGACAGCUACGACAUCUUUAACGCUUGUAAGCACAUCUGGGGAGACAAGUUAAAGGAACGAGUCAUGGAGCGCAGCCAGGACUCUUGUCUGGUCAUCCGUCCUGACUCCGGAGACCCGGCAGAGACUCUUAUUGAGGUCAUCAAGAUUUUGGAGGAGUGUUUUGGCUGCUCUCUGAACUCUAUGGGAUUCAAGGUGCUGCCCUCUUACUUGCGAAUCAUCCAAGGAGAUGGCAUUGACCUCAGCUCAGUAGAUGAGAUUCUCCAGAAGCUGAGCGAUGAAGACUGGAGUGCUGAGAACGUCUUCUUUGGUUGUGGCAGUGCGUUGCUUCAGAAACUCAACAGAGAUACACUCAGCUGUGCCUUCAAGUGCAGCUAUGUGGAGUCCAAUGGCAAGGGGAUGGAUGUGUGCAAGCAGCCGGUGACUGACCCAUCCAAGGGGUCAAAGAGAGGCAGAUUGUCACUGAGGAGAAACUCUGAUGGCUUCUUGGAGACAGUAGAGAGAGGAGCUGGCAAGCCAGAGGAGGACCUGCUGGUGACUGUUUUUGAGAAUGGCAGCCUGGUGCAGGACUACUCCUUGGAGGAGAUCAGGAAAAAUGCUAGACUGCGGGACGAGGAGCUGAAUCCCACCCUGCACAAUCAGGAACAGGAGCUGCUACACAAUCGCAUCAUCAACGGGAUUCAUUAGAACCACAAAACCUGUCACAUCCAUAGGAUGCUGUGGUUGUGUUGGAAUGAAGACUAUAUAGUCUUAGAAGGCAGCCGUCACAGUAGAAACUAAACAUGUUGAAGGGGAGUGAGAAGCUGUUUCUCCUAACGGUCACCACCAAGCAUGAACAUCCCAUCACCACCACAACCAUAAUCCAAGGAGACCAAUGAUAACACUUUCUUCAGGUAGACCAGUCUCUUUCACUCUGGCACAACCGAUGAGACAGCAUACUGGUGUUGCAGGACAGCUGCUGUGUGCGCCUGUGUCGCCACACUUGCACUGUCCUGUCAUCCCACGACCAGAACUAAAGCUCAGGGUCACAUAUGGUAUUUAGAUUUUUUCUUCUUUCCUUUCAAACUCUUUGAGUUUGGGCUUGUUUCCAACACUAGAGCCGAAAUAUUUAAGUGUAAGACUUUUUCCUACUGAUAUGCAGCAUUUUCAGGACAAAAAUGUCAUCAGCUUCCAAAUAUUUCAAGUUUCCGUCAGAUUUCUUUUCUUCAGUGUUCAUAUUAGAGUUAAAAAUUCUUUAAGCAGCAUUUUAGACUGCAAGACACAGUCAUUUACUAUGACAAAAGAAAAACAUGAAUCAUAUUAUGGGUUAUAGUCGUAGUGCUACAUCAUCAGGAAGGGUUACACUGAGUGCUUAAUACAUGAUAUUUCAUGUAAGUCGAUGUUUGCCUACUUUCUGCCGUUUUCUCUCUUUGUUUUUUCCAAGUUCACAGCAAUUUGGUUUGUGUGAUCCAGAUCCAAAAAAACACACUUCAGCUUUCACAACACUGAAGAGUACUGCAAAAAAAACAUAAAGCACGUAAUGCUGCAUGGCCAUAUUUUUAACAAAAAAACAAAGCAGUUGUCAUGGUGCUGGCCCACAGGGCAGCAGGUGUUUGAUAUUUAUGAAUAUACAAUGGACAGAUAGUCAUAGGAAUACACUGUGUCAAAUAUUUAAAUAAACCAACAACUUGUGAAUUAACUGGAAGAAAUGACUGAAACUUGCUUAAUGAAUGUGAAAUAUGCAUUUUUAGAAUACAUGAUCAAAUUCAGGGUUUUAUAGGAGUUUUUAUUUCAUUAUAGACAUUUGUAACUUCAUCGUGGCACUUUUUAUGACAGUGCUGUUGUCAGUCGUCACCUACCUGCUACCUCUUAUGUUAGCAAGCUCCUGUCAGCUAAAGCAGCAAGAAUCAAAGUUAUUCUGAACUGCCAAGCUGUAAAUUCACACAGAAACAGUAACUACAGAUCUAAGUGUUGAUAGAUUAGUUUAACAAGACUGCUAAAGGGUGUGGAUUAUUACUGGCUAGAGCAACCACAGGAAAUAAAGCACCGUAGUUCCUGUGUUUAGAUUUUUUUCACAGCAGAAGUCAAGACAGUUCAUUCAUAUUGAAUCUAACAUUGCCAUUGCUCGUGCUAACAGGAGGUAAAAAGCUUAAUCUGUGAGCAUUUGUUGAGCAAGCUGGCUUAAAAGACUGAGACUAUGCUUGGCUGAAAGUUGACACCAUCACUGUCAUGAAAGGAGGCGUUCAGAAACAAGAAGUGACAGUGUGGAAUAAAACAUCAACAUGAGCUUUAAAGUCUUUCCCAAGUUAUUGUUCCAUUUAUGUGUUUUGCACAAUUGCUUCCUGUGACCAUUCAUUCUCUGCAUUCAUUCAGUGACUACGUCCAUGUGCAGUUUCACUUAAAUGUCUUGUCAGCAUGGAGGAUACUAGUGUUGCACAAAUAUCUGGUCACAUGUUCUGUCAUUCUUCAGUGAUUUAUCUUUUUCAGCUGCUGUUUGCUGGAGGGGUUGUGUUGCGCUACUUUUCUCUGUAAAAUAUCCUAAAAGUAUUCUAUUUGAUUCAAAUCUGACAGCAUACUUGGCCAUGUCACAAUUUUCAUUUUUUUCUUAAUUAGAAACUGUUGUGUGAUUUUGGCAGUGUGCUUUGGAAUUUGUCAUGCUGGAACAUUACUCUACUGCCAAGCUCUUGCAGACUGGGAGUCAUCUGGUCAGCCAGGAUGUUUUUGUUCAUUCAAGGUGCAUCCAUAGAUGUCUCUAUAUGUCAUCUCUCCAUCAGCUUUUUCACUCAUGCAGCCCCAUAUCAUCACACUACCACCUCCAUGAUGUUGGAAAUAUGCAUUCACUGUGGAAGUCCUGGCCAGGUUCUUUUCCAACAGCUGGACCCGAUUUUAGCCAAACAAAUCUUGGUCUCAUCUGACUAUCAUCUGAUCAUCUGCUCCCAAUAUUAAUAAGACUUCUUUUCAUGUUUGUAGCUAAGUGUCGCCUUACAGUUUUGUCCCAAAGAAAUUUUUUUUUUCUCCUUGGACGCCAUCAGUAGCAUUUGAUGUUAUGUUUUGUCCUUUAUCAUGUUGAGCAGUCACAGAAACUCCUAAUAUCCAUUAAAUACCCCUCUUUAAAGUGUUAACCAUCUGCCCAUCUGUUUUUCAGGGCGACGUUGUGAAAAUAGCACACUGUCCAUGCCAUCAUUUUAGGAUGGUCUCUGUGACUUUUAUUAGUUGUCUCAUGGUUUAUUUUAUACCACCUACUUACUACUGCAACUGUGUUUUGACUGAUCUUUUGUUCAAUGCUCCUAUAAUCGUUUCUGUUGUUGUGAAGUCUCACAGUCAGAUUUUUCAUCCCAUACAUGUACCUAUAAACUGAGGAAGCUCUGAUGUUCGCUGCUCAUGUUAUGUAGAUGGGCAUGCAGUCAGGCUGACAUCACAUGUGUUUGUAAUUUGGUUUCAGUGAUCAGGGGUUUUCUAACUUGUGAGUAAUCACAGGUGUGUUCAUUUAUUUGAGUUUCUGUGUGGGAAGUGUGUAUUUUCAAGAUAGUCUUCCUCAAGAAUUUGUUUUCAGUCGUUCAGAAGAGGAAAUCAUCAGGGAUUUUUAUGACAUUGCACAGUAGUGUACUCACUUCUGGUGUGCACUGUAGCUGCAUGUUCAUUUCUUUGAUUUUAGACACUUUAACACUCCUUUGCAUCAUCAGGUCUUCUGAUCAAUUCUGCUGUAUCCAAAUUGUGAGUUUGAUUUCACUGCUCUCUGUUUUUAUCUUGUAUUCCCAUUUAAACACUUAAACUGCCACAUUUCUUAAUUUAUUCUGUUUUGAUAAGAUUCAACAAGAUGCAGGUAUUGAUCAGGGAUUAUAAUAACCAGAACUAAUGGUCUGACUUGACCAAUCUACGUACCUGAAAGUAAACGUGCCUCAGCUGUCACCUGUAGGGACAGAAAGGUAUCUGUAGGUAGAUACUGAUGGUAGGAAGACACCAUGUGGUGUAUUGUAGGUGCUGCUUUGCUUUUAAUGGCCUUUUGACUUUUGUUUGGUUUCCAUAAAAACAGUUUUGCUGCUCUAAAGACACAUAGCACAGUAAAGGCACAUCAAACUCUGCUCACACACAAUGUAUGCCUCCUCUGUCACUUGUAAUGUCAGUGUUGUCAAAUGUGCUGUAGGACCAUAAAGGUCUGUGUUAUCUUUUAUGUGAUUAUGACAAAAUUGUGAUAUGGGGAUGUGAUGGCUUUCAGUUCUCACAUCUAAAUAAAUGAAGUAACAUCUAACUACAGCCUGUCAGAGACUACCGUUUGGAUUUUAUUAAAGUUUAGGAUUUUAUUCUUGUAAAAUACAUAAAGAACAUUUGAAUAACAUUUUUGUUUUUAAUCGUAGUUUCAUCAUGUAAUCUGUAAUAUUGUAGUAGGUAAAAUGACACAAAGACAAUUUGUCUUUGACAUUUCAAACCAAAAGAGAAGAAUAAAUUAAAAACAAAACAAAGCACUGUUUUUACACACUUUUUACUUUUUGUUUUGUUUUUAACAUCCUUUGCUGUCCGGCAGUGUCGAUUUUUGACUAAUGACUUAUUUUGGUUGAGCAGAUAAACCCUGGAAGGCAGACAGGACAAUAAACUGCCAUCACUUAUAGUAAUGUAGGCUUGUUAUUGUGCACUGCCCAGGCAUUGCAAAUGACUGCAUUGUGCAGUACAAUACACUGAAUAAUGUCAUGUGGUAUUAGCGUUUAUUAAGUAACAAAUUAUCUGUUUGAGAUCUCUUAGUUCAGUAAUACAGGUCAAGAGCAGGUUGAGUACAACCUGUUCAAAGUUUGAUUUGAUUGGCAGAUGAACCUUGGAUUGACUUGAGAACAGUCUGAUGCACAGCAUGUCACCAGUUACUUCAUGAUGAAGUUCCAUCGUAACUCUUUAUGUGCCAACAUUUCUUCCACCGACCUUGUGCACAAUGGGCAGUACCACUUUGGCACAAGUAGAUUUCUAUAUAAAUGUCUGUAUCUACAUGUAAACUGUGUUUAGAGGAUUCAGACUGGUGUAGAGCCAGUCUUCUUAUCAGCUGUCCUAACCAAAGUAAUAUUAGUGGGCAGGUAACAGCAUAGAAAAUGUUAACUUCUUUAACAGAAACCAGCCAGUGGAAGUAUGGGAAAUGUUUGAUUAAAGGCAACUUUAGGUGAUUGGCUGAGUGACUUCAGUCAGUCAGGGCAGAUGGGCAGUCACAUGAAAACACCAGCUAGUCAUGCCUGAGGGUUUAAACUCUAUAAUAACCUGCAGGCCUGUGUUCAGGAUGAGUUUACCUGAUCCUUCGAAGUAUCGAUAUGCAUUAAAUACAUGUGAAUUUGUUAGACUGGUGAGUGCCAAUUCAUUUUAAGUAUGGUUUAUUCUUACUCUCUUUCAUGCCUCUUUAUUUUCUGUUAACAUGGUUGUCUUUUUUUUUUUUUUUGUAAUUUUUAUUUUUUAUCCUAAGCAACAUAUUCUGUAGUAAUUGGCUGAGUUUCAGACUGCAGGUCAGAGCUGUUUGAUUUCCACUCUAUACACAUGAGUGAUGGAGUAGGGAUACAGUUUGCCUCCAACAGUGGAAACACGAUUGUCUCCUCUGUGCCAGUACCAGCAUUAAUAAUACAUGUAAUUAUGUUGUUGCUUUUAACUGAUCUGUAUCUUUGUAAUCCUCUGUUUGUAAUUUCAUGUGUUUUAAAAACUGACUUUUUAGAAGAUUAAAGAAAAUCUGAAAUUUUUU